CUUGUCCAUCUCUUGUCCCGCUGUCGAUCCCUGUCUUUCUCUCCCGCGUGACGACUGUGCUUACGGGCCAUGGCCCUGCUGAAGCUGCGGUUCUCACUCCCGAGGCGUGUGCGCCUGGCCCAGGGUCUGUGGCUGCUAACCUGGGUGACCGUGCUGGCCGGGGCCUUCACCUUCUCCCUGGGUGUGUACCUCAAGACCGAGCUCCUACGCAGAGCCGAGGUGAUGGACAACACAGAGAUCCAUGUGGUGCCCAACAUUCUGAUACUGGUGGGCUUGGUAAUAAUUGGGAGCAACAUUGUUGCUGGGCGGAUAUGUCAAGACUCCCUUCACUCGGCCCGCUUCCCCCCCUGGAAGCCGUUCCUCCUGCCCUGGUAUGGCCUGACCUGGAUGGUGUGUGUCUGGCUGUUUUCUGCGGUGGUGCUCAGCUACGCCCUGCAGGGACAGCUUGAGGAGUCACUCAAGGUGGGCCUGAGGAACGGUAUCCGAUUCUACCGGGACACAGAUGUCCCGGGGCGCUGCUUUCAGAAAGAGACCAUCGACAAACUGCAGAUGGAGCUGCGUUGCUGCGGCAACACCAACUACAAGGACUGGUUCGAGGUGCAAUGGAUCAGCAACAGAUAUCUGGACUUCACCUCCAAAGAAGUCAAAGACCGCGUGCGCAGCAACAUUGACGGCCGUUACCUGGUGGACGGUGUCCCCUUCAGCUGCUGUAACCCUGCCUCUCCUCGGCCCUGCCUGCAGUACAGCCUGACCAACAACGCUGCCCACUACAACUACGAGCACCAGAGUGAGGAGCUGAACCUGUACAACCGCGGCUGCAGACAGGCCCUGGUGGACUACUACAUGGGCCUCAUGAACGCCAUCGGCCCGGUGGUUCUGUCUGUCAUCCUCCUGCAGAUGUCUGUUCUGUUGAGCCUGCGGUAUCUGCAGACGUCUCUGGACGGCGUGGACCCGGAGAACCCCGAGGCCGACAGCGAAGGCUACAUCCUGGCGAAGGGGAUCAAGGAGAGCCUCAUGGACGUUAAAACCACCAUACUCAAAGUGCUGCAGUUUGGACAGGUGACAGCAGCUGCUGACGAGGAGGUGGGAGUAGGGCCGAGUGGAGAGAAAGCAGCCACGUCCAACUAGAGGCAAUAUAAUAGAUCACUGGAUUUUGAGACUGGCUGUGACUGGGUUUGACUGGGUUUUGGGUUUGACACUGGCUGUGACUGGGUUUGGGUUUGACACUGGCUGUGACUGGGUUUGACUGGGUUUGGGUUUGAGACUGGCUGUGACUGGGUUUAACUAGGUUUUGGGUUUGACACUGGCUGUGACUGGGUUUGACUAGGUUUUGGGUUUGAGACUGGCUGUGACUGGGUUUUGGGUUUGAGACUGGCUGUGACUGGGUUUGACUGGGUUUUGGGUUUGAGACUGGCUGUGACUGGGUUUGACUGGGUUUUGGGUUUGAGACUGGCUGUGACUGGGUUUGACUGGGUUUUGGGUUUGAGACUGGCUGUGACUGGGUUUGACUGGGUUUUGGGUUUGAGACUGGCUGUGACUGGGUUUGACUGGGUUUUGGGUUUGAGACUGGCUGUGACUGGGUUUGACAAGGGUUUUGGGUUUGAGACCGGCUGUGACUGGGUUUUGGGUUUGAGACUGGCAGUGACUGACGAUUCUUUGUUUGGUGACAGUAAUGGUCAGGAACAAACAAACACAGGGAUUGAAAGGCAUCCAGGACAACAUGAACAUUUCCACACACUCAUUAAUUCACUCACUCGAUCAUUCAAACUAUUUGCUUUAGGCCUAUACUGUAAACGCACACAAACAAGCAUAAAAUAUCUGUCAUCACCAUCAUCACUAUAGACUGUAGUAGUCUACGCGUCAUAAUCUCCAUAAAACCUAGUGGCAAAAUGUGAUACUGUUUCUUUUCGUAUUUCACCAUGCAUUUAUUCCAUAAAGAGUUUUAAAUACGCUUCAAAUAGGAUCUGUAUUUUGUUUAUUUUGUCUGUAUUUCUCUUCACGACAAGGUGACAUUUGUCAACAUAUUUGUAACAAUUAGUCCUACAAAAAAUAUCUUUGCUUGCUUUUAGCCAAUAUUGAUAAAAGUCAACUUGUCCUAGAUAUUUACAUCUACAUGAAACACAGACCUUAUUAGAAGUGGAUAACAAAUUCCCUGUGGACAACAUCCAGAACUACACACAGUCACACUGAUGUUUCCAUAUAAAUGCUCUUCCCAUGUGCACGGUACGGUCAACUGAAUGCUGAUUAUAGAGUUUGUUUAACGCAUUGCUACCUAGUGUGAUGUAAUUGUAAAGUUUGUAUUAGUAUAUUAAAAUGAAUUGCUUUUAA